AUGGCGUCCUAUUUCGAUGAACACGACUGCGAGCCAUUGGAUUCCGAGCAGCAGGCCCGAACCAACAUGCUGCUGGAGCUCGCAAGGUCACUUUUCAAUAGGAUGGACUUUGAAGACUUGGGGUUGGUAGUAGAUUGGGACCACCACUUGCCUCCACCUGCCGCCAAGGCUGUCGUUGAGAACCUUCCGAGGAGAGUCAUCAGGGGCUCUCAGGCCGAGCUCAAGUGCCCCGUGUGUCUUUUGGAAUUUGAGGAGGAGGAGACUGCCAUUGAAAUGCCUUGCCAUCACCUCUUCCAUUCCAACUGCAUCCUACCCUGGCUAAGCAAGACAAAUUCCUGCCCCUUGUGCCGCCAUGAGCUGCCUACUGAUGAUGACACUUACGAGGAACAUAGACGAGAUAAGGCUUGCAAGGAGCAGCAAAAGCACCGACUUGAGAACCUCCACGGAGCCAUGUACACAUGAGGGGCCCCACAUGUACACAUGAGGCGCCUGGGGCUGAGUACCGGUCCUCCAAAUCUUUCUCUUGCACUGCGAAUCCUCAUUAAAGUUUUCUUUACCCACCCUGCA